AUGGAUUUUGAAGGGAAAAUUUCCCGCCGUUUUCUGCGGUGGUCAAUAGGCAAAGUGGAUAUUCUGCCCAGUGAUGGCCGUAAUUGGCUAAAGUUUAGGGCCUGUCUGGUUGCAGAGUUUCAGUUCUGGAGUAGUACUCUGCUGGGAGUAGUGGUUCCACACCCCGUAUAUAUAAGGCACCGGGCUGCCCCCGAUACGGGGUGUACGAGGUGGGAAAGUUCCUGGAAGUUGUGUACUCACAGUGAUGGAGCGGCGGCUCUCGCUUCUGGACUUCUCCUCACUUUGCAGCUCUGUGCCGGGCUGAGGCGGCGGCUGAAGGAGGCAGGUGACGGAGGAGGAUCCGGGUGGAGGAAGGAAGCCGGAGGUGGUGGUGACAGCCGGGGAGCAGAGGAGGAUGCACAGAUCGCUUCCGCUUUGCUGGACCCAGGUGAGAAGAGCCUGCAACGUAGCCAAGACGAAGUCACUAGUGCGCAGGCGCGACUCUACCUGCCGACGCCCUUACCUGACACACAGAAAAAACACACUCCCUUCCUAUUACCAGUGGAUCCAGGGGUAGCUCCCCCUAACUGCAUGGGUUUGUCUCCCGACCCAAACCCAGGACUGGCUUCACCAAAAGUGUCAGAGGAAGAUGAUACGUUAUGUAAUUGAACGUCCUGAGA